AUGUCUCCCAACAAGCCUGGUGCCGAGAACAAUCCUCUCCUAUCGACGACGACCCCUUCCGAUGCCGACGACUACGACAGCAGCGACGCGUACGCAGCCGAGAAACAUGUCCUCCCGCGCCGCAUCACCGUCGUCAUCCCCUGCCUCUUGCUGCUGGUAGCUAUGGAGAUUGGAGGCACUCUCGUCGGCGUGCCCAUGAAUCAGAUCCAGGAGGGCAUCCUCUGCCGGCAGCGGUACCCCAACGUUCUGGACACGUCGACCGAUGCGCGGUGCAAGAGCAGUAAUGUCCAGUCGGCGCUCUCUUCCUUGCAGGGCUGGGAGCUCACCUUCAGUCUCAUCCCGGGCAUCCUGACUGCCGUCCCCUAUGGCAUCGCGGCGGACAGAUAUGGCCGCAAGGCUAUCCUCGGCCUGUCGCUGUUGGGAAUUUUUCUCGUACAAGCCGUCGACAUUGUCGUGUGCAGCUUCCCCCAGAUCUUUCCCAUCCGCCUGGUAUGGCUCGGCGCCAUGUGCAGUCUGAUAGGCGGCGGCCCUUUUGUCCCGGGCUCGGUCGUUUGGACAUCAAAGCUAACUUUGACCCGCUGGCCAUCCAUCUUCUUCUACCUGUCGGCCGUGCCGAUGGGAUGCGAGCUGAUAUCCAUGCCACUGGCCUACGUCGCCAUGCAGCGCGGGCCAUGGUUCUCCGUCUUCGUCGGGCUCGCGUGCAUGUCCACGUCGGUCCUCAUCGCCCUCAUCUGUCCCGAGACGCGCAGCAUGGCGGCGCCGGAGAGUGACGCCGAAGGCGUGGAGCAAACCCUGGGCUGUGGCCGGGUGGCGCUUAAAGACUUGCGACCACGACUCUUGACUCUCGUGGAGCAGGUGACCACACUGUUCCAAUCCAUGUUCUUGCAAGAUAGGCGUCUUGGAAUACUUCUUUCUAGCUUGUUGUUUACCACACUUGGAAGAUACGCAUCGACCAUUCUCAUGCAGUACACGACGAAGCGGUUCGGCUGGUCCUGGUCUCAGGCCGGUAUCAUGUCCUCCGUCAGCACCCUGGUAAACCUGAUCCUCGUCGUGGCGAUAUUGCCCCCUCUAAGCCACGCACUCCGCUACUAUCUCGAGCUCGGGCCUAUGAUCAAGGACCUGUGGAUCGCGCGGGCGAGCAUCUUCGCCCUCAUCGCCGGCUCUUUCGGCAUUGGACUGUCUUCCACCUCGCCCAUGCUGAUGGGAAGUCUCAUGGUCUACGGCCUGGGGUCCGGCUACGGCGCCGCCAUGCGCGGGCUCCUGAGCCAGGUGGCAGGGAACAAGCACGUGGGCGCUCUCUACACAACCAUGAGCGUUGUCGAGAACAUGGGAAUGCUCAUCGCCGGCCCGUUGCUGGCUGCGACCUUCAGGGUCGGCCUCGGCUGGGGGACCGCCUGGACUGGCCUUCCGUUCUUCGCGGCGGGAAUCCUGUUGGCGUUCGCGGGUGUCAUUGUGAGUGGUGUGCGGCUUCAGGGGCUGGAGAAGAAUAGGAAUGAGGAGGAGGAGGAGGAGGAGGAGGAGGAAGGGGAGGAGGUUGUGGUGGUAGAAGAGGAGAGAUUGGGAAUCCGUCUUGCUUGA